GUCAAAACUAUGUUUUAUUUUUGUGUUUUUGCGUGUAAUAUUCAUGUGGUACAUAUAUGUACCAUCCGGUAUUUAUGGUGGUACACAUGUAUACCAACAGGUCUCUAAUUACGUUUAUUCAGUUUCAGGUUCAAUAUGGAUCGCCGCCAUCCGCUUGCACAAAAAGAGCUGGAAGCGCUUAUUGAAGAUAUUGAGGAAAUCUCAGAUUCGGAACCAUUUUCUGCUGACUUCAGUGACAAUUAUGAACCAGAUUCCGAUGAAGAAGCAGGCAGUGAUACCUCCGAUAUGUCUAACUCAGACAUCCAUUUUGCGCCUUCACCACUGGUAACUGUUGGUAGAAACCAUGUUCUUGACUGGGUCAUUCCUGAUGAAAGAUUUGAGCCUGCUAAAAUCCUUCCUCCUGAAAGAGAAUGUAAGCUGGCUCCAGAUAUCACUAGCAGUUGACACCUAUGCAGAUUUUUCAUAAAGUAUUUCCUCAAUAUCUUUAUUUGCACAUUGCAAAUUGUACAAAUGAACGCCUAAAAUAUGCAGCCUUGGGAACUUACAUGUCCAAUCGCAAGAACGUACCAACUAUGGGAGACAAGCUGCAAAAAGGGGAAUCUCAAUUCAGAUGCACUUCUUCGGGAUUACUUUAUGUAAAGUGGCAGGACACAAUGGAAGUUUUGCUGAUGAGUAACUGUCAUAAGCCCAAUUUG